GGAAGGCGGAUCCGUGCGUUUUGAUUGACAGCGCGCCGGCCAAUCGCGAGGAAGAAGGGGGUGGGCACAAUGGUCGCGCCGUGACCACGCCCCUACCCCGGUACCGGAGCCCUCCCGGCAUCCCCUGCGCUGACCUCUGACCCCCGAUUUCGUUCCCGGCCGGGCCCGGGCCUGCGACCCCCGCGAUCCCCAUGGAGGCGGCCGGAGACCCGGCCCCGGCCGGGAAGCGGAGGCGGUUCACGUUGCGGCAGGAGGGUCCCACCGACCCCGCGGUCCCGUCGCUUUUCAAACCCUCCGCGGCCCCCCCCGGGCCCGGGCCCGGGCCCCCCCCGCCGCCCCCGGGGCCCAGCUCCUACGCCGAGUACGUGAUGCAGCAGUCGGUCAUCACGGCUGUUCCCGGAGCCACCGAACCGACCCCGGUCCCCACCAGUGCGGUAGGGGUUCCCUCCCGGCUCCCCCCGACCCCCGAACCUGGCGGUGGUCCCCCGGGGGGGGCCGUACCGGGGGGUAGGGGUAGCCCCGGGGACGUUCCCCCCCUGCCGGUGCUCAAACCGGGUACCAAAAGCAGCAGCAUCGUGGUCAGCCCACGGCAGAGGGGCAACCCGGUGCUGAAGUUCGUCCGCAACGUCCCCUGGGAGUUCGGUGACAUCGUCCCCGACUACGUCCUGGGCCAGAGCACCUGCGCCCUUUUCCUGAGCCUGCGGUACCACCACCUCAACCCCGGUUACAUCCACGACCGCCUGCGGCACCUGGGCCGGAGCUACGGGCUGCAGCUGCUGCUGCUCCAGGUUGAUGUGGACCCGCACCAGGCGCUGAAGGAGCUGGCGAAGGUCUGCAUCCUGGCCGACUGCACCCUCCUGGUGGCCUGGAGCCCCGAGGAGGCCGGGCGGUACCUGGAGACCUACAAAGCCUACGAGCAGAAGCCGCCCGACCUGCUGAAGGAACGAGUGGAGCAGGAUUUCCUCUCCCGGAUGACCGACUGCCUGACCAGCAUCAAGUCAGUGAACAAGACGGACGCGUUGAGCCUCCUCACCACCUUCGGGUCGCUGGCGGCCGUGGUGGGCGCCUCCCGGGAGGACCUGUCCCUCUGCCCCGGCGUCGGGCCCCAGAAGGCCAAGCGGCUCUUUGACGUCCUGCACGAGCCCUUCCUCAAGGACCCCAAAUGAGCAGCUGCCCCCCAAAAUUUCUGGGUUUUUUUU